AGGUAAUUGUUGCCUGAAUUCAGAAGCUGUUCUUCAUUUCUAGUUGCUGGCUGUUGACAUAUAUGAGGCUGGAUCAGCCACAGUGAAUUUGUUUUUAUGCUACAGUGCGUUUCCUCAGCGGUUUGAAAUGAGUCUCGUUCAUUUCCAUCAGCAGCAGAUCUGAGAUCAAAUGCAUUUCAAAUCGGGACUCUGUGUGUCUGUCUAUCUGUGUGUCUGUCUGCCUGUGUGUCUGUCUGUCCUGCCUCUCUGUGUGUCUGCCUGUGUGUCUGCCUGUCUGUCUGCCCUGCCUGUCUGUGUGUCUGUCUGUGUGUCUGCCUGUCUGUGUGUCUGUCUGCCUGUCUGUCUGUCUGCCUGUCUGCCAGUGUGUCUGUCUGUCCUGUCUGUGUUUGUCUGUCUGCCUGUGUGUCUGUCUGUUUGUGUGUGUGUGUCUGCCUGUGUGUCUGUGUGUGUGUGUGUGUGUGUGUGUCUUUCUGUCUGUCUGUCUGUCUGUCUGUCCGCUCCAGUUAGGAUUGCAGGCUGCAGAACUGCAUCUCUCCACACUGAUGGGUGAAGUUACCUGAUGAGCGUCCGAUGAGAAGGACGUGAGAGACGGGUUUCAAAUCUCUGCAGAGAAGCCCCUAACUUAAGGAGCCUUGAGUGGCGAUGGAUGAGUUGCUGGUGGUCGCCGGGAGCUUCGUGGUUUUCCAGCUUAUGUUUGUCCUGGCCAGUCCGCUCCUCACGGCCCUCUUCUGCCAGGGAUACGGGAACGUGGUGCCAGCCAAGCACACCGAGUGGAAUUCCAGGUUAGUGUCGACGGUCCACGCUCUGAUCGUGGGGACGUUCUGUCUGUACAUCCUGUGGUUCGAUGACGCUGUGAACAAGGAUCCCGUCUGGGGAGAGCCCCGGCUGGUCAAGCUCAACGUUGCCAUUACCUGCGGCUACCUCGUCUAUGAUUUGUUGCUGCUUGCCCGGUACUGGAAGACCAUGGGGGAUGGGUUUUUCGUCUGCCAUCACAUUGCUGCGCUCUACGCCUAUGGGUUUGUCCUGAGUCGGGGGGUGCUGCCAUAUUUUGCGAAUUUCAGGCUCCUGUCGGAGCUGUCGACCCCCUUUGUGAACCAGCGGUGGUUCUUCGAGGCCCUGUCCGUGCCCCGCUCGGACCGCCGGGUGGUCCUGAACGGCAUCGCCAUGUCGGUGGUCUUCUUUGCUGUGCGCAUCGCCGUCAUCCCCACCUAUUACUGGCGAGUGAUUUCCACCCUGGGGACCCCGGCCUUCGAGAGGCUGGGCCCGGGGCCGCAGGUGGCCUGGAUCCUGUCCAGCGUGAGCCUGGACGUCCUCAACGCCAUCUGGAUGUACCGCAUCGCUCGGGGCUGCUACCGCGUGGUCACGGGAUCCGGGAGGAAAGCCAAGAGCCUGAUCCCCAUCACCGACACAAACAACCACGCUGACUGAGAGAGCCCAACACCACUGCCCUCGCCGUGCCCCUCCACACCCCCCGAGGGCAUCACACUGACUGAGAGAGCCCAACACCACUGCCCUCGCUGUGCCCCUCCACACCCCCCCGAGGGCAUCACACUGACUGAGAGAACCCAACACCACUGCCCUCGCCAUGCCCCCUCCACACCCCCCGAGGGCAUCACACUGACUGAGAACCCAACACCACUGCCCUCGCCAUGCCCCCUCCACACCCCCCGAGGGCAUCACACUGACUGAGAGCCCAACACCACUGCCCUCGCUGUGCCCCCUCCACACCCCCCCGAGGGCAUCACACUGACUGAGAGAACCCAACACCACUGCCCUCGCUGUGCCCCCUCCACACCCCCCGAGGGCAUCACACUGACUGAGAGAGCCCAACACCACUGCCCUCGCCGUGCCCCUCCACACCCCCCGAGGGCAUCACACUGACUGAGAGAGCCCAACACCACUGCCCUCGCUGUGCCCCUCCACACCCCCCGAGGGCAUCGCACUGACUGAGAGAACCCAACACCACUGCCCUCGCUGUGCCCCCUCCACACCCCCCGAGGGCAUCACACUGACUGAGAGCCCAACACCACUGCCCUCGCCAUGCCCCCUCCACACCCCCCGAGGGCAUCACACUGACUGAGAGCCCAACACCACUGCCCUCGCUGUGCCCCCUCCACACCCCCCCGAGGGCAUCACACUGACUGAGAGAACCCAACACCACUGCCCUCGCCGUGCCCCUCCACACCCCCCGAGGGCAUCACACUGACUGAGAGAGCCCAACACCACUGCCCUCGUCAUGCCCCUCCACACCCCCCGAGGGCAUCAGAAAUAACGCUGUGCUUCGGAUGCAUCAGAUUCUGGGGUCUUUUCAAUUCAUGUAAACAGAGGCGUUCAUUUUCUUCUGUGCAUUUACCUUUUAACAUGAGGUUUGCAAUCGCUCAAAGUGGUUCUCUUGAGUACGAUGUAAAGUCAUUAUCGUCCACUUUGAUAAAACUAAAAGAGGCUUCAAUUCAGUGACCGACGUUUCGACUAGAAGUCUAGUGAAUUCAAAAGACAUUUAGUUGAAAGUUUUGCCAUUGAAUUGAAGUUUCUUCCAGUAUUUCUGAAUUCAGCUCUAUUGAGUGUUUAAUGAUCUGCCUCUCUGGUCCGGCGUUUACGAGACACUUUGGCUAAUCUAGCUACAUUACAAACAGCAGCGCAGCUAGAACUGAAGAGCAGCUCCUGAACUCACAGUCAAUGCAGACUGAGCAAAAAGGAAACGGAUAAAUGUAAUUUGAAGAAAUCAUAACCCUUUAAAUUAUUAUUAUUAGUAGUAAUUAGGCAGACACUUUUAUCCACAGAGACUAGGGGCUGGACUAUUCAUUGCAACUGCUGCUGCAGAGUCGCUUCCAAUAGGACCUUGUUUGUUUUACGUCUCAUCCGAAGGACGGAGCACAAGGAGGUGAAGUGACUUGCUCAGGGUCCCACACAGGGAGUCAGUGGCUGAGCUGGGAUUUAACUGGGAACCUCCUGGUAACAAGCCUCUUUCUCUAACCGCUGGACCAACAAGCCUCCUCUAUAAAUCAACAGAGUUCUGAAGCUAUGGAAAGAGAGAGGAGCCCCCUGCAGCUGCUGUGCUGUUCUACAUGUCCGAGUGGUGCCUGCGUCAGAAACGCUGUGGAUUUCUGAUACCUCCGCCAGGUAUUGGGGUCUCCACAGAUCUGAAUGGAGAUCUUAAUACCAGUGCCCUUCAAAUCCUUCCAAGAAGUGGACUGAGAGAAAACCAACAGUGUGUGUGUGCGUGCGUGCGUGCGUGUCUCUCUGGUGUGUUUUUGUCUUUAAAAGAAACUAGAAGAGCAGGUCCUGUUAAUAUUGAAACAGUGGCUGCAUUUAGCAGACAAGUUUCGGUUUAUUUUCCUAAAUGUGUAGACUUGAGGAUUGAACACGUUUUAAACUUUAAAAUAUUGAGAAUGUUUCUAACUAAUCAGAAAAGCCAUCAUGAGAAACCGUCACUUCUUUUUAUAGAUUACUGCAUCAUGUAUGUAUGUGUAAGACAAUGUGUAGAGCAUUUCAUUGUAUACAGAAAAGAAUGUGAACAAGUAUUGAAUAUGAAGUAAUUCAGUCCACUGUAACCUUUACUGCUUUGCAAACGCAUUUGGCCGGCCUGUUCAGGUGAAAUUCUAAACAUUGAACCUAUGUAGGCUUUAAACAGUUCAACUUAGUAUUAGCAUCCUUAGUACUGUGUUUCAAUCAGCCUCUAGCCACCGUUACAGAAUAGAAACUCACACGAGUCCUGCACCCAGGUCUGGGUUAAAGCCCUCCCUUCAGUUAUCGUGUGUCCUGUUUGUAUCCAUGAUAAAUAUCCCAGUCGUGUUGCUUUGAUAACAUAAAGAGAGCUGUUUGUAACGCCUGCUGUGUGUGAAUGGCAGUCUUGUGUUUUGUGUAGGGAGCAGGAAUGCCGUGAUGAUCCGUUCAGUGCAGAUUGAACCAGGGGCCUGAUCGCUCCCGUUCCUGUGCUUCUGGUCAUUUCAACAAUAUCCCUUUGGUACCAUGUUCCGGUUCUUAUCUAGGUCUUUUGUAAUGCUCUUUUAAAAGCCUUGGCCGGGCAAAUUCUCGUACCCCAUAAAGUUCAUGCAAGCAGUUAGAAGAAAUCCUAAAACAUUACAUUAAAAAGUCUUGACCGAAGGCUAUGUUUUAGUACACGGGGGAGUUCUGUAACGCAGGGCUCGUGUGAGUUUCUAUCCCUCUGCUCCCUUUCAAACCACCGGGACUCCUGCAAACUACCACUGAUCCCUCAAUCACCCUUAAAGACCCCUCUGUGUAACAUACCUCCGCUCUCUCUCUGCCGGUGUCAUCCCGUGCAUCAAGGAUAAUCGUCUCUCUGCUGUCCUGCACCCUUUAAACUGAUCAAAUCAUCUUUCACCCUCUUGUGAUUGCUCUCUCAGUUGCUGGUACUUACAGCAGUGUGGGGGCAGGAAAGUGACCCACGCUACCCUGCUCGCUAUCCAGCCACUGGAAAAACGUCCCUGUAGUAUUUCUGUCUGCUGUCCUGCCUCCUCUUUUAACGGACUGACAAUCUGAUACAUUCAUUUAGCAGCUCUCUCCUGCAGUGCUGGGCUUUUAUUUGGAGACACAGCGAUUGGAAUCCCAAAGGCUGCUGGGAGUUCCCAGUCGCUGUGUCUCCGGUCAGGGAUCAUAAGCGAAGCACGGGACACAGUUAGAACCAUUCCCGCCAUGUAGAAAGAAUUUUUUUGUUGCUCUAAACUUUCAGAAAUCAAAGCUUUCAAGGAUUCUGGACUUUGAGUAGCAUGGCAUUGAUUCAUUCAUGGACAAAAUGGAUUUGUUAACUGGAAGUCCUUCAACCUGUGUUUAAAAUGCAUUCUGACACUACAUCGAAAAAAAAUCUGUUUUGUUUUUUUUUGUCGAUUUUGUUUGUAUGCUUGUUAAAAACGUGAUUUGAUUUAAUUUUCUUAAAAGGUACGUCCAUUUCAAGUUGUUUAGUUAGAGGGAAAUCGACCCAUUUCAUAUUGAUAUGAAGCUGCUUUCAAGUACUGAUACAUAACCUAGUGUAAUGUAGCAUACCAGGUGUAUACUAACUUACUCGCUGUAGCGUAGAGUCUAAAGUACUAGACUAUUGUACUAGAGACAGUAUUUUUCUGCUCAGGUUACUGUAUAUUUGUAGUGCACUCAGGAACUCACAUCUUCAUGAUGGCAUAUUCUUAGAAUGGGCGGGGCAGGUGAUGUCAUAUUCUUAUUGUGAAAUAUCCACUACCUUCCUUUGCAAGUGAAAUGCAGUGUUGAAAUUGAAAUACAUAACGCUCUCUGUUCACAAGUCAUGAAGUCGCUUCAGAUUUCAUGUUCUUCUCUUUGCAAUCAUUCCCAAGUCGUUCUUAUUGAAAACACUCAGAUACCGUGUAUAACACGUUCACUAAGUACUUUAAAUAAUUACCCAAGCAUUAAUUAAAAACGUCUAAUUAUGAUUAGUAUUAUUAUUUAAUAAUAGCGGAAACCAGAUUGAUUCAAACAUUAGCAUCUUACUGGCUCUCCGUCCUUUUGUAAUAAUUGGAUCUGAUGUCUUUAAGCAGACAGAAUACCACACAGGGUUGGUACAUGAGCCUUCUCUGUGCAAAACGAUUCAUUCAGAGCUACACAAUCCGUCCACCACCGUCCUUCAGACAGUUUGAGGGAAACCUGGGUACUGUAAUUUGUCUGAAAUCUGUAUAAUAUUUAGAUCAGUGUUAGUUAAAGAUCUCUCUUUCAUAACUGACCCUUUGCCUUAAAACUGGUGUUCGUACUGCCUUUGAUUGUAACAGUACUGUUAGUGGGAGGCUCUUAUACUCUCGUAACAGCUUCCCUCUGCUCUGUGCUGGUGGAGAAAGAGGAAGGGAGGCUCUUACACUCGCGUAACAGCCUCCCUCUGCUCUGUGCUGGUGGAGAAGGAGAAAGGGAGGCUCUUCCACUCUCGUAACAGCCUCCCUCUGCUCCGUGCUGGUGGAGAAGGAGAAAGGGAGGCUCUUCCACUCUCGUAACAGCCUCCCUCUGAUGGUGGAGAAUGAGAAAGGGAGACUCUUCCACUCUCGUAACAGCCUCCCUCUGUUGUUGGUGGACCCUUGUCUUUUAAUAGUGUUGUCAGACUCAUGUACACCACUGAUAUUUAUUGGGUGUGUAAGAAGAUCACAAAGUCCCUCUGCGUGAUGUAUUGGGAUGUAUUGGGCUUUAAUAUGUGCUGCUUGGUGUGAUGUGAGAUGACAGAAAAGUGAUCAUGUAUAACAAACUCAUUAUUGGUGCUUUCGAUCUUCACAACCUAAUGAGUUAGUAACUUAAAACUGACAUGUGCCUGGCGUCCCUAGAUCAGCCAAAGGGUCUUUAUAGUGUGCUAGCGCCAUCUAGUGCACAGCUAACGCACUGACAGCAAAACAAAAGAAUGUCGUAAUACUAGAUGGUCCCAGCCCUUAUCAAGUUGCAUAAAUCAAGCAGCUGGAACUGCAGAGCUGCUCCUGAAAUCACUGUAACGCAGAUUCAUACAAAUAAUAAUAAUAAUAAUAAUAAUAAUAAUGAAACACUCAGAGUAAUAGCAAUUCUAACUAAAUGAGUCCAAUAAGGGGUCAGUAUAGAAAGCUUCAGAGAUGGUACUGUACAGAGGCAUGAACCCUGUAAUAAGCAAAGAGAUCUUGUAUCAUUUAAUAUUAAAUAAUGAUAAGAUAAUAAAAUCGUUUAUAA